AUGGCCAAAAUUACUCCCAAAGAGGUUUGGGAACUUGUUAAACUUUUAAGAAUCGAUGUUUUUUACUUUUUGGCAACUUUAAGUACUUCAUUACCUGGAAUCGCUCUCAACCAACUGAUGCAGGAUAAAUAUUGUAUCAACAAAUAUCCAGUCAAUGAAAGUGUCUGUUUAAACUUGGAGACUGCUGGACCUGAAUUUGAUACAGUCAGGAAUGAUGUAUUGAAAGACACGACAACACUUAAAAUGCAUAUUACUCUAAUGACAACAAUACCAGCGAUUGUUUUAUCACUCAUUUUGGGUUAUUGGAUGGAUAAAUAUCCUGGUCAUCUACGAUAUCUUCUUGGUUCAGCAUCUUUAGCAAACAUUUGUCAAAACAUCAUGACUAUACAUCAAUGUUUACACUUUGAAAUGGGCGCUGACUCGCUAUUAUGGACGAAUUUGGUUCCAGUGUUCACUGGAAGUGGAAUCAUUAUCUCAAUAGGAACCUUUACUUAUGCAACAAGAAAGACACCAGUCAAGUUUCGAGCUGUUAGGUUUAUGAUACUCGAAAUUAUUUUAUUUGCAAGUAAGUCAAUCAAAACUCAUAAUUUGAAUUAUACUCAAUACUUGACUUAUUAUUGA